AUGAAUGACUUUGUUUCCAAAAACACAAAGAAGGUACCUCAUGCUCUUGCAAAUCAUAUGUCUUAUGAUAGACUUUCCCAGUCCUAUAAGAGCUAUGUUAUGAACACCUCAUGUGUUGUUGAACCAACAGGCUACUCUAAAGCCUGCAAAGAUUCUAAAUGGAUGGAAGCAAUGAAUGAAAUAGAAGCCUUGAAUUCUAACAACACUUGGGAGGUUGUUACCCUGCCUAAAGAAAAGAAGGCUAUUGGUUGCAGGUGGAUAUAUAAAGUAAAGUAUAAGUCCUCAGGUGAAGUUGAGAGAUUUAAAGCAAGAUUAGUAGCAAAAGGUUAUGGACAAAAAGAAGGCAUUGAUUACCAAGAAACAUUCUCUCCUAUUGUGAAGAUGGAGACA